AUGACUCCCCCAACUGCUUCGCCGGCUCCUUCCUCUACUGUUUCUUCAACAGCCCCCUCUAUCGCCUCGACAGACCACAGCAAUGGGGACCACCAGGUGACCCGCGCGUUGGAGGACAUGCGCUUGUCCACGCCCACCAACGGCGAUGCUCUACCACCUCCCCAGCAAGCCAAGGCCGUCAAGCCGUCAAUGGCCCAUCGCAUAACCCGCAUGUUUAGCGACAGAAAGACAACCAACCCUAGAACAGACGCGGACGGACAAGGGCGCGACGUCGGCUCUGAGUCCAGUUCCGAGGGGGCAAAGCCAUCUGCCAACGGUGCAGUGCGGUUGUCUCCUUCUACCACCGCUCAGCCGCAACCUUUCCAGGCAGCUGUGAACGAGAAGGCCGGUGACGGUGCCGUGAAAGCGCGAACCACAAAAGACAAAGACGCCCCCGUGCACAAGCGCUUUGAGACUGUACCGGAAGGGUCACACUUGCAUCAUUUGAGGGGAACAAAACGACAGGAAAAGCUGACUGGACUCCUCCGAGAUAUGCUAGGCGGUGGCAAGAAAAAAGAAGACUACGCAGAUGACCAGCAGCAGCAACUUUCCCUAGUGUCGAGCUGGAUCGACCAAUUGAAAACCGAACGUGACCGACUUGCUCAGGACAAGAAAGGCGGCCCCAACGCCACAGCCACCUUGGUCGGCAAAUAUGGGAAAUGCCAGGAGAUUGUCGGCCGUGGUGCUUUCGGUAUCGUUCGUAUCUCUCACAAGGUGGACCCCAAGGAUUCCAAGCUCGAGCAGUUGUAUGCUGUCAAGGAGUUCCGACGUCGGCCACAGGAAACAUCCAAGAAGUAUCAGAAGAGGUUGACAUCGGAGUUUUGCAUCUCUUCGUCGUUGCGUCACCCGAAUGUGAUUCACACGCUGGAUCUUCUUCAAGAUGCCAAGGGAGAUUACUGUGAAGUGAUGGAGUACUGCGCUGGCGGAGAUCUUUACACCCUGGUAUUGGCUGCAGGCAAGCUUGAGGUGACCGAGGCCGAUUGUUUCUUCAAACAGUUGAUGCGUGGUGUCGAAUAUAUGCAUGAGAUGGGCGUUGCACACCGUGACUUGAAACCAGAGAAUCUACUCCUGACUACUCAUGGUGCCCUGAAAAUCACCGACUUUGGUAAUGGAGAGUGCUUUCGCAUGGCGUGGGAGACACAGGCGCACAUGACCGCUGGCCUCUGCGGAUCUGCUCCGUAUAUUGCUCCCGAAGAGUACACAGACAAAGAAUUCGAUCCUCGGGCGGUUGAUGUGUGGGCCACGGGAGUUAUCUACAUGGCAAUGAGGACAGGACGGCACUUGUGGCGAGUUGCGCGCAAGGAUGAAGACGAAUUUUAUGAACGAUACCUGGAGGGACGUAGGGACGAAGACGGCUACGCGCCUAUUGAAACACUGCAUCGGGCCCGGUGCCGUAAUGUCAUAUACUCGAUUCUUGAUCCAAACCCCGGCCGGCGUAUCACCGCGUCUCAGGUGCUCAAGUCUGAAUGGGUUCGUGAGAUUAAGCUGUGCAAGGCUGGUGAAGAAGGCUACUGA